CUGGUGCCGCGGCCAAUCGGAGCUGAGCGUCGUGUCCCCGCUGCGUGUUUUCGGUAUUUGUCGUGCAAAUGGCGGUUGUCGCAGUGUUUUGUGCGAUGCUCCUCCGGGAUUAACUACGCCACAACGUAAGCGCGGUGUUUGACAAGCGGAAGCGUGCGACAGAGCGAACCGGUACCGCGACGGCGGUCCAUUCGUAAUCAUGGUGAAGCUGCAAAAGAGAUUCGUGGCCGGUGACAAGGUGUUCGCGAAGGUUCGAGGUUACCCGCCAUGGCCAGCCAAGGUUGAAAAAGUCAGUGAUCCAAAUUCCAAGAACGCUAAAUACAGCGUCUACUUUUACGGCACAGGUGAAACAGCUGUUUGCAAAGUUGAUGAAUUAUACACCUAUGCUGAAAAUAAAGAAAAAUAUGGCAAACCUAGUCGACGAAAGUUCUUUCAUGAAGGUAUGCAGCAGCUUGAGCAAGAACUUAAAAAUGACAGAAAUAAGCCUUUGGCAGAUAUUGCUGCUAUUAAAGGUGCUGAAGCGACAGAAUUACCGACUGCUGCCAGUGCCGCAGACAGUGAUGUGGAAACUGGUUCCUUGGUAAUAGACGAAGGGGAGAAAAAGAAACCAGUGAAGAGGAAAGUUCUCACAUCCACAGCCAAUACUCCGCAGGAUGUUCCGGAAGUAAAGAAAAAACGUGGUAGAGGAAAAGCUUCGAAUGAUACAUCAAAACAAGAAGCUUUAGAUUCGCAAGGUGAAGAAUCACCUAAAGAGGUAGUUAGCCGCAGCGGACGCAAGAUAAAGCCAAAACGAUUUGCAGAUUUUUCGAGUUCAGACGAAACUGAAACUAAUAUAGAACAUUCUGGUCGAGGUCGUAAAGCAAAAAACGAAGAUUCUAACGAGCACCAAAUUACACCAAAUGUGACGCAUAAAAAAAGAGCUGCUAUCGAAAAAAGAAAUAAUGACGGAUCGAUACUUGAUGGAAGUACCGUAGUGUCAAGUGUUACAUCUUCUGAUACACCAAGCCGAGUUCUCUUAGCUCGUACAUUUGCUGGAGAACAUGUAGGCAUUAAGUUGGAUAUAGGUAGGCCAAAGUCUUUCGAAAGUGAUAAAGCUCGAGCGCAAUGGGAUUGGUCAACUGCUAGGAAUGCUAUGAAGCUCAAAGCACAAUUAGAGAGCGGUGAAAUUUUGCCAGAACAAGUAAAGGAUUCUCUAGAUUUUAAUGUACCCGUCCCGGAAGAUGAGAAACGACUUUUGACAAAAGAUGGAGCUGUUCAUCGCAAAACAUAUAAACUGAGAUGGCUUCGUAUAGAGGCUCAACUCUUACAAUUAGAUGCUCAAAUAAAAUCUAAUCUUGGUUUGGAUCGAGCCAAUACAGAUAAAUGCUUACAAGCGAUGGAUGAAAUUUUGGCUCUUCCAAUUGAUCCUCUAAUGCUGAAGAAACAUCCUCAUAUUGUUGAAACAGUGAAAAGGCUGCGACGAUAUAUUGGAAAUUUAGGAGAGUGGAAGUUAAGCGAGGCAGAAGGGGCUGUUUUUAAACAAAAAGCAGAGCAGAUUAGACAAAAAGCUGAGCAUAUAUAUAACAAGUAUAAGGCUAUGUUUACUAUACCUGAGGGUCAAUCAUUUUGGCAAUCAUUUUCCGAUCAAGUGGUCCAUUUCAAAAAAUUAACGAAAGAUAUGCCCGAAGAAAAGGUAUUUUCAUUGAUGUCCGAUCCUGCUUGUUCAGAUGAUUGUGGUAACCAAUUGGAUGUGAUUCAAGCAGAGCCAAUAGCGGGGCAAGAGGCAGAGUGUGAAGUGACAGCUGAGCUGGAACCAAAAGCAAAUACGGAAACCGAAUCAAUAGCACAAGCACAGACCGAAGCAGAGUCAGAACCAUUUGCUGGAAAGGAAGUAGAAGCAGAAGUGCCUACUAGAAGUGAGAGUCCUAAAAAUGAAGCAGCCAAGUAACAUAUGUAAAACUUUUUUUAUCCAAUAAUGUAAACUUCUGCUUAUUUUCUUUGUAUAUCAUUACGGUACUAAAAGAAAAAGAACAUAUAAUUGAAAGUAUCGGGCGCAUUCGUGAAACGUCA